AUGUUGUUCUUCGCCAGCUCUAUCCUCCUAGCCGCGGUUGCCAGUGCGCGACCAUCCCGGAUAUUAUACAGAGACGCGCCGGUUGAGGUUGGAGGUUUCAAAGUUCUAGCGGCUAACAGGAUCAUUCCGGUUGUUGUUGGUGGACCACAAGAUACUUUCGUACCUAAUAUGGUGAAGGCAUCUGUUGGCGAUAUCAUACAAUUCCAGUUCAGCAACGGCAAUCAUACCGUCACCCAAAGUGCUAAGGACGCCCCUUGCACACCUCUAACAGGUGGCAUCCAUAGCGGACAUAUCCCUUUCCAAGAUGGGCAAACCACUGUUGGCACUUUCAACAUGCCCGUAACGAGCACGGAUGCUUUGUUCCUGUAUUGCGCGACGGGUCCCCAUUGUCAAGAAGGACAGGUCAUGGUGGUUAACCCUACGGAUGAUCAACAAAUCGUCGACUACGCCAAGGCAUCACAAUCCACCAAGUCUAGUGUUGAUGGUACUACGGUAACCGGUGGCACAGUAGCCUCCAUUCCCCUGGAGGCCGCUGCUUUCGUUCCUGCGCCCGUACAGGAGGGAUCCCCAGGUGGUGCUCCCCCCGCUGCUGCCGCUCCUGCCGCUCCUGCUGCCACUUCUGCCGCUACAUCUGCUGCCGCUUCUGUCCCUGGAACUACUACAACUACCAUUACCGUCCCGGCGGCAACCGCUUCUCCAGCCCCUGCUGCUUAG